AUGUCACGGGCUUACCGAGCGGCCGUCCUCUCAUAUUCCCACUUCAACGUUCAACUGCUGCAAGGCCCCGCUAGAAUACCCCUUCGUCUAGGAAGUAGCAUCGAGAAAUCUUACUCGCAAAUGUUACCACACUCGCCUUUUUCCCAAACUUUUGACACGAAUUAUGCAACCUCUAUCCAAGAUAUCCAUCGCAUAAAAGACAUACUUCUGAUUGAUCCACUCGAAAGUUUGCGAAAGCUCGAUGAAGAAAUCGCACGAUUGCAGGCUCAACGCGAAGUGCUGUACACUUUCAACAAUCAUCCUACCAUUCUCUCUCCUUUUCGAAGGGUUCCUCCAGAAAUUUGGCGCUUGGUAUUUUCUUGUUGCUUGCCAGGUUCCGAUUUCCCAGUGCGUACGAUAACGGAGGCACCGCUGUUACUCACGAGGAUUUGUCGCUCAUGGCGGGAAAUAGCCUUGACGACGCCGGGUCUCUGGAAUGCAAUCCACAUAAACAUCGCCAGGAAACCUCCAAGAUUUGACGAUGUAUGGUAUACGAAGAUGCGAGCGAGAAUCUGUGGUGUAAAGAGAUGGUUGGAAAGGUCUGGGUCACUGCCGCUCAGAAUUUCCUUGUCUGUUAGUUUCGGCACUACUGUCAACGAUUGGAAUCGAAGCUCGCGGGUUUACACCGUGGAAAGGCCGCCCGGGCCCCAUUCUAGUAUGACUCCAGAAGAACUUGCAGCGGACCUUGCAGCACUCCUUUUACCGUACUCCUCACGGUGGCAGACACUUUCGCUCAAUUAUAUUCCCCCUUCCAUUCUCGAGAUGCUAUUAGGAGAUGGUGUGGACUUGUCGGUGCUACAAAAAAUUUCCUUCGAAGGAGCAGGAUUGUCGAACGAAAGCGCGCUACUUUCACGACUUCUCCAGAAGGCACGUAGCUGUACUAUCCUUCACAUUAACGAUCACAUCCUCCGUGGUUUGAUGUACCCCGCGUCCUUCUGGGCUCGUUUGACUCAACUUAACACUUCUAUCCCAAUGCCCGCUAAUCACUUCCUCUCAGCACUUGCAGCGCUAUGUCCCUCAUUGACAACCUGUACUGUACAGUUUGCCAGACUUCCUAGGGCUGGUACUGUUCAUUUUUAUGCAUCACCGUGCAAGUGGGAACAUCUCCGUAAACUCGACAUGACCUUUCUCCGUCGGGCAGAUAUGUCUCUCAUUUCCGAUGUUCUCAAGGUCAUCAACACCCCUUUUCUCGCGGAAUUUCGCAUAGCAUGGGAUUUCGGACCCGAUCUCUCAGCGAACCCAGUCGGUGAACCAGACCGGGUAACUGAGAGCCCAAUCCACGAAUUUCUCCUCAGGAGUGAAUGCGAGGAAACCCUUACCCGUCUGACGGUGGAUUUGCCUAGGCAACAGCUGGAGCUGCUAGUACAAACUCUAGCGGUACUACCCUCUCUGAAGUUCCUAAGAAUAGGAAAGCCCGACCACCGUGUAGUUCCUGUUCUUUCAACCUUUCCACCCCUCAGUGAACAUCUCAUUCAGGCACUGACUUCCAUCUCCAUCUGCCCUCGCCUAGAAGAGCUCGAGCUGCUGAAUUGUUCUCCAAAUCACGUUGACGCUCUUCUCAACGUCGCCAGCGCCCGGAAUUUGAGAGCGUUUACGGUCGAUUUUGGUCAACAUCCAAAGUCGGUAGACGUCCUCCUGAAUUCCGGGAGUGUCACCGAGUCUCUUGAUGCAUUAAGAUCGAAGGGUAUGGGGGUUGGUUGGCGUUGGCGCGCGUUAGAAUGCAAUCUAGAUACCCCUCGAUCUGGACUAAUUUCUUGA